CCGCUGCGGCUCGGCUACAAGAGCAACCCCAGCCUCGCGCGCGCACGGCUCAGUCAGUCAGUGGCCCUCGCAGCACAGCAGCGGCCGCCUUCACCAGGCAUGGCACAGGGCUCUACUUCACUAUGGCGGCAGCAGCAGCGCGACACAGCACCCUUGACUUCAUGCUCAGCGCCACAGUUGAGUGUAAUGCCAUUUUUAAAGGUCUACAGUCCGUUUUCCAAGAGCAGGAAAUGACAGAGACUAUUCAUAACUGGGGAAAUCUUGGUUAUUUAGCAACGUAUGUCAAUAAAAAUGGCAGUUUUGCCAAUCUGAGAAUAUUCCCUCAUGGGUUGGUGUUGGUUGAUGUUCAGAGUUACAAUGACAUGAAAAGAGAAGAAGAAGCAGUGCAGCUUCUAAACAAGGUUGAAGAAAGAAUGAAAGAAUUGUUUGACAAGGACAUCAAAAGGGUGAAACGGUUGCCAGCCAUUGUGAGAGGAGAUGCCAUUGAUAAAUACUGGCCCACAGCAGAUGGACGAUUAGUGGAAUACGACAUUGAUGAAGUUGUUUAUGAUGAAGAUUCUGCAUACCAGAACAUAAAAAUUUUACAUUCAAAACAAUUUGGAAAUAUUCUUAUUCUCAGUGGAGAUGUUAAUCUUGCUGAGAGUGACCUGGCGUAUACACAGGCUAUAAUGGGCAGUGGAAAAGAAGACUACACUGGCAAAGAAGUGCUCAUUCUUGGAGGUGGUGAUGGUGGAAUAUUAUAUGAAAUAGUCAAACUGAAACCAAAGAUGGUCACCAUGGUAGAGAUUGAUCAAAUGGUGAUCGACGGGUGUCGAAAAUACAUGCGCAAAACAUGUGGGGAUGUCUUGGACAAUCUGAAUGGAGAUUGCUAUCAGGUUCUGAUAGAAGAUUGUAUCCCAGUACUGAAGAGAUAUGCCAAAGAAGAAAGGAUGUUCGAUUAUGUAAUUAAUGAUUUGACCGCUGUUCCAAUCUCUACUUCUCCUGAAGAAGAUUCCACAUGGGAGUUUCUGAGGAUGAUUCUGGACCUUUCAAUGAAAGUCUUGAAACCUGAUGGGAAAUAUUUCACACAGGGAAAUUGUGUCAAUUUGACUGAAGCCUUGAAUCUCUAUGAAGAACAGCUUGGCAGAUUGUAUUGUCCUGUGGAGUUCUCAAAAGAAGUUGUUUGUGUUCCUUCCUAUAUGGAACUAUGGGUGUUUUAUACUGUUCAGAAGAAGAGGACUGUUUGAAGCUCAAGAUCCUUCUGCCACACAUGCUGAACGGAGCAUGUAGGCUUGUUAUGUGCUAUGUCUUGGCAUCUGGAAUCUUAAAUUAUAUGCUGUAGAUUGGGGUGGCCAAGCUAUGGUGUUCCAGAUGUUCAUUGACUACAAUUCCCAUCAGCCCCUGCCAGCAUGACCAAUUGGCCAUGCUGGCAGGGGCUGAUGGGAAUUGUAGUUCAUGAACAUCUGGAACACCAUAGCUUGGCCACCCCUACUGUAGAUGAUCUGAAAUUUAGCCAAGCUAUCAAUUUUGUGAAUUCUUUAAAUUUGUAAUUAUUAUUUUAAUUUAAAAACAAAUGAAAAAUGUAUAUUUUGAUGAGGUAGGGUGUUAUUUUUUGAAAGUUAAUGUAGAUGAACUAGCAGCAACCUAUAGCUGCUGAAUGCACUGAACUUCUAGAAUGUGAUCGUUUUUGUUGUUUUGGGUUUGUUUUUUCACUCUUCAAAAAUAGAUUAAAGAAAAGACAAUAUUAGCAUUUUAGUGUGGUCCUUUAGAUUUUUCUUCAGACAUUAACUAGUUUAGUAGGCAUGGUACUUUAAAUAGACAAGUAUUUUUUUUAAACAAAUUUAUCUUCAAAGUGCUUCCAUUAGAGGAGAAAAUAAGGGCAAACUUAUUUUUUUAAGGAUACUCUCAGUCCCACUAUGAUGUAAAGCAGCAACAACACUUACAACAUUUUCUUAUGGUUGACUUUUGUUCCAAAUACCCCCUUGGUCAGAUUUGAUAUUUAAUUUUAGUCUUUCAUUGUGAUGGGGCAAAUGCCAGUUCUUAACUCUGCAAUGAUUUGUUCAGAAGAAAAAUUAAUCACAAAAAAUGUAUAAGGAAAAGUUACCGUGCCACAUCAAAACUUACAUUAAUUGGGUCCAGUCCUUAUUUUAAAAGGGAAGAAGCUAACUUGAGGUUUUUUUGGCCCAUCUGUAUCAAACUAGUCUAUUUUGCAGACUUUUCAGAAAGUUUAAUGUUGCUACAUGUAAGUAAAUUCACAAAGUAGUUCUAUUGAAGUAGUACCACUGACUUAAGUAGUCUGAGUUGCUAGUGAACUGUCACUUUCAAAUUACUUCAGUGUCUGUGUUAAUAUAUUUUAUGGAUUGGGAGUAAUGAACAAAUACUGUUAGUGCUGUACAUUUUAAAACAGUAGCCUGGCCUGUUCCUGCCCUCCUCCAAGUGCAUACAGAAGCUGAGAAGUAUAGUGAGGAAUUUUUCUACUGUUCAUACUCUUGUUUUUUAAGUUUUAGUGACAAUGCUCCUCAAGUAUGAAAAGCCAUUUAAAAGGGAGGUCAGAGAGUAUAGCUGGAAAUUUCACUACCGCCUCAAAAUGAAUGGGAAUAGUACUUCAGAACACAGGUCAAAUCCCAUUCAUGUGUGCAGCAGAAAGUUGUGGUAGAUUGUGCUCCUAAGAUUCUUGUGCAUCUUGUAUUUAUAGUGUAUGCAUGCCCAUAAAUGAGUAUUUACGCAACUGAGGUAAGCCCACCUGCAAAACUUGUGAUUGACCCUAAGAAUCACUACCCAAUAUGCUGUAUCUACAUGUGCAUGUUGAAAUAUACAUUAGUCCCUAUCUGCUUCUCCACAUAGUGGUAAGAUUAUAUUUUUGUAAGCUCUUUCUGUAUACUUAAUAGUCUUUCCCUGAUAAUUUUGCUGAAAAAUAACUCAGAAAUACAACUAUGUUCUAAGUUUGGGAGGCGGGGAGAGGAUUAUGGUCUUGGAAAAAAUGACCUUUUCCUUCAGGACUGGAAAAGUUUUUUGCAUUUCACUUCUUCAGAGGAAAUCUCUUUUUUGUCACCACUAGACUUUGUGCCCAAAAAUCAAUAAAUAUAAUCACAAGGUUUGUUCUGUUUCUUGCUCACUCUUUUUUAUUAUGACCCAUCUCAACACAUUUAUGUUUUUUCUCCAGGGAGAAUUUCUUUAUUAUUUGUAAAGAGAGGCUUUCUCUGUUCCUUUAUAGGGUAUGAAGAAAUACUGCAAUGAGGCACAUCAUUGAUUGAAAUGUUGUGGUUUUUUGCACUGAAGCAUAUCUAUGGCACCUGGGGUUCUCAUAAUGUUAACAAACUGGGCAUAUAAGACAGGUGUAUUUGUAAGUCCUGAAUUGCUGUCAUGUAAAUUGAAGCUAUAUAAUAAAUCCUUUGAAUCUGGAUAGACAUAAAAUACUUUUAAACUUUCUGGUCUUGCUGAUAAAGAGCAGAUUUUAUUAAAGGCAAGCAAAGUAUUCCUGCUCACUGAAGUAAUUUCAUUUUCUGCAUAUAGUUGCAUUCCUACUUUGAGGUCCUAAUUCAAAUGUAGGACAUGAGUGAGCAUUCAUGAUGGAUCAGAGAAUACACAUGGGAAGCUCAGAGCCCCAUCGCGGGGAGGGGCUGAAUCUGCCAGUGGAAGUGGCACAUGGCUGCUCUGGUGGAUUCUUCCCUCCCAGGGGCACUUACCCCAGCUGAGGGGCAAUUUCUCUAACUGUUGCAACCCUCCCCAACUCUGAGACAUGAUGCCAGGCGCUGUUCCUGCGCCUCUGCUGCUGCUGGCCUAGCAGGGCCAGGGGAGUAGCCAACAUUAGUUGGCUCCCUCCUGGCCAUUUGCCAUGUUAUGCCAGCAACCUGAGAAUUUAGACUUAAGUUUCCCUUUUGGGUGAUGUAAGUCUAUUAAGCCCCAUAGAGGCUUCUUGAUGGUGGGGAGGUAUUUUCCCUUUCUGAGCAUCCCACCGCUGCCAGCAAGCCUUUUUAAUAGCAGCAUCCACAAUAUGGCUGUGGCACUGGAGCCAGGCACUUGGCUCUUGGGUGCUGCUGUCCCAUUUAUACUGAAAUUACUUUGCCUCUGUUUUUGUAUAAUACUCAUUUAGCAUCUUCUCUCCCUUUUUAUAAGUUUGAAACACAAAGCGUAAAGUCAUAAAAAUGUAUAUUAAAUGUGACAUUUUUCCUGAAUUUGAUCCUAAAAAACUUCAUUGUAUGGGCUUUCCUGCUAAUCACAGAAUUAUCUCCAAUGUGUAUGAAAACUUGCCAAACUUUCAUUAAUCUGGUAUGCAGAAUAUGUCAUAGAGUCAUAAAAAUUAUAUUAAAUGGGGCAUGUUUUUCUGAAUUUGAUCCUGAAAAACUUGAGUAUAUGGCCUUUCCAACUAAUGGCAGAACUAUGUCCAAUGCUUAUAAAUUUUUUUUCUAAACUUUCAUUAAUUUGGUAUGCAGAAUAUUCAGGGUCCCUAAUAAUUGUACUAUUUUUAAAAUUCUGUUAUAGUUUUGUAAUCAAAACUAAUAUGGUUUUGAUGGAACUUCCCACACAAGUUAAAUUAGUUACUGAAGCUUUAUGAAGAACAGACUGGAUUGUCAAAUUAUUUUGUGUUCAAAAAUAAAGAAUAAAAAAUGUGCGGAGUAUCCCAAAAGUGGAGGAUUGUUGUCUACCUUAGCUUCUCACUAAAAUAAGGUUAAAUACACUGAUUAUGUUUGAAGAAGAAAAUGUUGGUGUUUCAUUUUUCUUGUGUACAUUGAGUUCAUAGGCUCAACAUUUGAUUAGUCUAGUGGUGAAGGGAUACUGUCAUAUUACCUCACUGACAGGUUACAGCCGGGGCAAACUUGGUCUUGAAUCUGAAAUACACUGACGGAUGGACAGGUGAUAUUGUUUUGAAAAAUUAAUAUAAUUUAUAUACCAUCCUCUCAGUAAAAAUGAAACUUGAGAGUAGCAAGAUUUUUUUUAAACAUAUACUUAUGUAGAGCUUCAUUAUAACAUAUCCCUGUAUGUGAAAACAAAACCAAUAUAACCUCAUAGCUCCCCUCCCAUACACCUACCCACACAAACAUAAGCACGUGCACUUUUCCUCCCUUUCCAUUACUGCUUAUAGAUAGAAAUAUUUAAAUAAUGUGCUGUCACUCUUUAUUUAGGUAUAGUUGUAAUAAGCGGUAUGAAAAUUCACUUUCUUGGUAAAUAAAAUCUGUGACAGACUAAUACAUUGUUAUUUUAUCCACAUGAAACUGAGUUGGAACAUUGUUGUGAGUGCCUCACUACACAUGCAGAUUGAUCCCAAAGAUGGUUGGCAUGGUGGUAGGGUUUUUUUUCUCUCCAAAUUCUUUGCACUAAAUGCUGUUUCAUCUAGAAGUGAAAUUUCCCUACUUUUAAAAAAAGUUCGAUUACUAAUCUGACAUUACUAAAAGAACAUUGCUGGUAUUGUACUGACUUCGCUGGUGCUGUGCAUAUAUUCAAAUAAAGGUACACUGUUAAGA